AACCUCCAACUCACUGAAGAAACAAUGGCAGAAAGACUACAGAAUGGCACCAGCGCCAACGAUGGGCUGCUUGGUCAACCCCUGUCCAUAGUUCCCCGAGACGUGCGGUUGUUGCACUUGAUUUUCGCCACUCAAGGCAUUCAGAACUACGAAGACCAUGUUCCCAUACAACUCAUGGACUUUGCACAUCGAUACACAAAGGCGGUCUUGAAAGAUGCAUUGACGUAUAACGACCAUGCAAAACCCGUCAACGUCAAUACCAACUUGAAUGCCAACACAAAUACCACUGUCAACACCGACGAUAUACGGUUGGCCAUAGCCGCCCGCACAAACUACCAGUUCAAGCCGACUCCUCCGAAAGAGUUGUUGUUGGAGUUGGCCCAUGAGAGAAAUUCAAAGCCAUUACCCCAAGUGUCGCCUAGAUGGGGAUUAAACUUGCCACCAGAAAAGAAUUGCUUGACGGCGAGAAACUGGGAUGACUUGGAUGAGGAAGAUGAGGAUGAGCCUGGUAAGAAACGACCACGGGCAUGAAUCUAUCCAUUCAGUGAAUACCUGAUUUCACGUUCAGGUGAUACUUGAGUAUAUUUCAGCCCUUACUGAACAUACGUAUCCCAUUUCACCACGGGCGUACUCUACAUGGACCCGAACCCUACGCUUCAGCCACUACGGACCCUCCACACCUGUCGUGCUCACUAUGUACACAUGCACUGUAAUAUAUAUCUACUCC